UUCCCACCUAGAAAAAGAAAUUUCAAAAAAAAUUCCAAAAUGAAAACUAAAAAUGUCACAGUUCCCGAUUUGCUCUAUUUGAACUAGUUCAACGAUGGGAAGACAGACAUUGAAACCCAACUGAACUGUCCCUUUAACCGUAAAUCCCCGUUUUCUCGUUUUUGGCGGGUACCCAAUUCUGUUUUCCCGCUCACUCUCCCCCAAGAUUUUUCAAUAACGCUUUCCUGUACAAUCAGAUAGAAAGCUCCAUCAAUUCGAGGGUUUUCACUAAACAAUUUGCUUCCUUUUUCUGCUAAGACAAUAAAGAUGAUCGAAAUGCCAAAGGUUGCGGCAAAUAACGGCGCCGCCGACGGUGCGGCGUUGGCUUACAUGGGGAACGAGGAAGAUGAAGAAGAGGAGGAGGCGCCGGCGGCGGAUAGAAGUGGAAGCGUUGGCGGGAGUAACAGCAACGGCAGCAGCAAAGGGAAGAGUAAAAAGUCGCUCGAUCGAGUCAAAGGGCCGUGGUCGCAGGAGGAGGACGCGAUACUGGGCCGGCUGGUCAACGAACUUGGCGCUCGGAAUUGGACCUUGAUUGCCCGAGGGAUUCCGGGUAGAUCGGGCAAGUCUUGUCGCCUUCGCUGGUGUAAUCAGCUUGAUCCCGCCGUCAAGCGGAAGCCCUUCUCCGAUGAAGAGGAUAGCAUUAUUCUUCAGGCUCAUGCUGUCCACGGUAACAAGUGGGCAUCAAUUGCACGGCUAUUGCCUGGGAGGACUGACAAUGCAAUUAAGAAUCAUUGGAAUUCUACACUUAGGCGGCGAUUUAUGGAACUUGACAGAUUAAAAUCUGAUUCCUGCAAUAUGAUUGACGAUGUAAGUGCUGAUAAAUCAAAAGCAUCCUCUGACGAGACUCUAUCAUGUGGAGAUGUCAGCUCUUUAAAGUCCUUGGAAGGUAAAGAUGUGAGUUCUCAGGAAAAAACGGACGAAGAGCAUCAAAAGAUGGACUACGAGCAUCCAAAGACGGAUAAUGAGCAUCAUGGCAACAAGACUGUAGUUAAUCCGCAGAAUACUUCUGAACCAAAGGAUCCACCUUCCUUGUUCCGUCCUGUAGCUCGGGUUAGUGCUUUUAGUGUUUACAAUUCUUCAGAUGUUAUGGAAACUUCGAACUCAGUUGCAAGACAGGCUUGCUGCAAAGGACUGACCAAUCAAGUGUUGAAACAAGACACUGGGAUCAACAAAUUGCUUCAAGCAGCAUAUGUUGAUCCAAUGAUCCCUCAUCAAUGUGGUUACUGUUGCUUAACUAGUCCUAGCCGAGGAGAUUGGGGAAAUUCUUUGUUAGGUCCUGACUUUUCUGACUACUCUGAGCCUCCAUCCUUCCCAAGCCAUGAGUUAGCCACCUUAGCCGCUGAUAUUAGCAAUGUUGCAUGGUGUAGAAGUGGAUUAGAAAAUUGUAGCAUCUCAACUAAAGAUAGCUCCGGCAGUGAGCUAAUGCUUAGUAAUUCUCAUUUACAGUUAGGACCUCCUGAAUAAGGGAAUUAAUGGCAGUUAAGAAGAGGGGAUUUGGCAUAUAAGUGGGCAUGACUGCUGUUUGCUGGCUAAUAGAUUCUUCUGUGCCAAACCAGGGUGAAUUGAUUCUGAUGUAUUGCUAUGUUUCAUACGUGAAGAAGUUAGCAUAAUCUUGACAAGGUUGGCCUCACUUAUCACAUGUGUUGUGCUAUAAAAGUGAUAUUGGAGAAAUGUAAGCUGCAUCCGAGAAAAGGACACCCUGCUCUAGUUCCCAUGUGAUUUUAACAGAAAAUAUUGAUUGUUUCCUGGUGAUAAACGGGAAGUUGUUCCCUUUACUAUUCUGAAGCAGCUGCACCAAAUUUUUUGUAGGAUGAAUUCCUUUUCCAUUAUGGAACCUCUGAUGUUUCCUUCUACCAUUUUAUCCUGUAAGAUAGAAUAAUAUCACUUUUCUGGUUUAUGUUAUCGCCUACUCACAGUCUUGUUGAACUUUCCCCCAGCAGUUGUGAGACAAAAAUUUGGCUAGAGUUACUAUGGAGAAAAAUAAACCUCUUGUAUCUUGGUUUAGCUUCACUUUCUUUUAGCUCUUUGCUUUUAGAUUCCUGAUUCUUUCCUUAAUAGAGAGGAUGCAGUAACUUGGCUAUUCCAUUUGAAGAAGCCUGUUACUUUCAUCUGCAUUAUGAGUUUAACAAUGUGACUUGCUUGUGGAGUGUUUGGUAAGAAUUGACUUUACUGACUCUUUUCUCUUUCUAUGAAUAUUUUCUUGACAUGGGAUGAUUUUCGUAUGCAUUCUUUUGUUGUGACUGCAACAAAUGUACCUUCUGGCCCUCCAAAUUGCUAUAGGCCAUGCACAGUGGAGACAUCUUGGUUAAUCUUCUUCUGACUUACAUGUUCAUAUUCUUGAUAUCAUUUACUUCAUUGGCACUAUUUAUAGCCUCUGAAACAGAAUUGAAUUUUUUUUAUGGGGAGUUUA